AUGGAUGAAGAAAAGAUAAAGGUAGAACAACAACCUCAGCAAGAGCUGCGACGAUCACAGGAUCUAGAGGCGGCCCCGCGAAGCUCAUACGCUGGAACGGCAGAAACUUAUGUUGAGCCCGAGGCUGGCAAUUAUAAUACAUUCGGUGAACCAGAUGCUAAUCAAGUCGACGUUGACACACUCGAAGAAGGUGAACCAACUGACCAUGGUGACGACUUCAACCUUACCGAAUAUUUGAAUGGUUUCUCUGAUCAAGCCGGACAAUCGGGAGUCAAGAUGAAGCGACUUGGAUUAAUAUGGAAGGAUCUUGUCGUCAAGCCAUGGAAACUCUUUGGUGUUGGCAAUAAAGGGACCAAGAAGACAAUCUUGCGUGGCUUGACUGGAUUUUGCAGAGAAGGUGAAAUGCUCCUUGUUCUGGGUCGACCCGGCUCGGGCUGUACAUCGCUGUUAAAAAUCCUGGCAAAUAUGCGCCAGCAGUAUACGGAUGUCGAAGGCGAUAUCAGCUACGGUGGCAUUGAUGCUGUCACCUUUGGCAAGCGCUAUCGAGGUCAAGUUGUCUACAACGAAGAAGAGGAUCAACAUUACCCAACACUUACAACAAAGCAAACAUUGCAAUUUGCGCUGCGGUGCAAGACGCCUGGUACACGACUGGCAGACGAAACCAAAAAGAUCUUUGUACAACGCGUCAUUUACCUACUUGGAAACAUGCUUGGCCUUACAAAGCAAAUGAACACCAUGGUCGGCAACGCAUUUAUUCGAGGUCUUUCUGGUGGUGAACGAAAGCGUCUUUCGAUUGCCGAAGUCAUGACGACGCUCAGCUCGAUCAACUGCUGGGACUGUUCCACACGAGGGUUAGAUGCUGCUUCAGCCUUGGACUAUGUGCGGUCAUUGCGCAUCAUGACAGACAUUUUCAAAAAAACUACGGUCGCUACCCUCUAUCAAGCUUCCAACAGCAUUUUUAAACUGUUCGACAGGGUGCUCGUGCUAGACAAUGGCUAUUGCAUUUAUUUUGGACCCACAAAUCGGGCCAAGGCCUACUUUGAAAACCUGGGAUUCUAUUGUCCUCCGCGUAAAUCCGUUCCCGAUUUUCUCACUGGUCUCUGUAAUCCGCUCGAACGUGAGAUCAAGCCUGGUUUCGAAGACAUUGCGCCCAAACACUCAUCCGAGUUUGAAAAGUUGUAUUAUGAAUCUGAUAUCUAUCGCGAUAUGACCGAAGCGCUCAAGGCGUAUGAAGAGGAAAUCUCAGAAACACAACCUGCACAAGAAUUUGAAGAAGCAGUACGAGAAGAGCAUCAAAAGCGUGCGCCAAAGCGUGCUCCGUAUACAUCGUCGCUUUACCAGCAAGUUAAGGCGCUCAUUUCACGUCAAUUUCACUUGCAGCUCAAGGAUCGACAGGCCUUGAUCUCGCGAUAUGGUACUAUUCUAAUACAGGGUUUGAUCACGGCGUCAUGUUUCUUCAUGAUGCCAAAAACAGGCCUCGGUGCCUUCUCUCGUGGCGGUGCCCUGUUUUUCUCGUUGCUUUUCAAUGCAUUUAUAUCACAGUCAGAAUUGUCUGUGUUUAUGACAGGACGGCCGAUCUUGGAAAAGCACAAGCAUUUCGCCAUGUAUCGUGCUGGAGCAUUUUACCUUGCCCAAGUAAUUCUGGAUUUCCCAUAUGCUAUUGUUCAAGUGCUUCUAUACGAAAUCUGUGCUUACUUUAUGAUGGGUCUGAACUUGGAUGCGGGUCGGUUUUUUACAUUCUUCAUUGUGCUUGUAUUUAUCAACAUGAUGAUGAACGGCUUUUUCCGGUUUUUUGGAAGUAUCUCCACCAACUGGUACAUGGCCACACAAGUUACUGGUGCGCUUCUGAUCACUAUGGUUACCUACACCGGUUAUGUCAUUCCGUACCCCACAAUGCAUCCUUGGCUAUACUGGAUCUAUUGGAUGAACCCACUCGGUUACGGCUAUCAAGCGCUUAUUAAAAACGAAAUGAUGGGCCAAAUAUAUUCGUGUGAAGGAGCGGGCAACGCAGUACCUUAUGGACCAGGAUACGAUGACUGGCAAUACAAAGUUUGCACCAUGAAAGGCGGAACACCGGGGCAGAAUUAUGUACUCGGAGACAACUACUUGAUGGACACUUACAUGUACAAAACCUCCUAUCUAUGGGCACCCGAUUUUGUUGUUGUUGUCGCAUACUUUCUACUCUUUACCCUGAUGACUGCAUUGGCUAUGGAAUUCCUUCAUCCAGGUGGUACUGGUUCACUCACCAAACUGUACUUGCCCGGUAAAGCGCCAAAGCCAAGGACCAAUGAGGAAGAAGAAGAGCGGUUACGACGUCAAGAAGAAGUUACGAAUCACAUGAAAGCCGCUGGUGAAGGCACAACUUUCUCUUGGCAUCAUAUGAACUACACUGUGCCCUUCAAGGGUGGUCCUCUUCAACUUCUCAAUGAUAUUUCUGGUAUUGUCAAGCCUGGUCAUUUGACCGCAUUGAUGGGUUCCUCUGGUGCUGGUAAAACGACUCUCCUUGAUGUGUUGGCGAAACGCAAAACCAUUGGCACGGUCGAAGGCCGAGUUUAUCUCAACAACGAAGUGCUCAUGUCUGACUUCGAGCGCAUCACUGGUUAUUGCGAACAAAUGGAUGUACAUCAGCCUGCCGUCACUGUGCGUGAAGCCAUGAGAUUCUCUGCUUAUCUACGUCAGGAUGCCAGUGUUCCAAAAGAGGAAAAGGACGCCUAUGUAGAACAAAUCCUGACUCUGUUGGAGAUGGAGGAUAUAGGUGACGCUCAAGUUGGCGACGUAGAUGCUGGUUCCGGUAUCUCUGUCGAAGAGCGCAAACGGCUGACGAUCGCCGUCGAACUAGUCAGUAAGCCCAAGCUACUGUUUUUGGACGAACCGACAUCUGGUCUGGAUGCACAGAGUUCGUACAAUAUCGUUCGUUUUAUUCGAAAACUGGCAGAUGCCGGAUGGCCCGUGUUGUGUACGAUUCAUCAGCCAUCUGCUAUUUUGUUUGAACAUUUCGACCAUUUGAUGCUUCUUGUACGUGGUGGCAAGACCGCGUACUAUGGCGAGAUUGGCAAGAACUCGCGCACGAUGAUCGAUUAUUUCGAAUCACGUGGUGGUCCAACAUGCCCGCCCGAUGCGAAUCCUGCCGAGUAUAUUCUGGAAGUCGUUGGCGCUGGUACCGCCUCGGGCGGUAAGCAAAAGCAAGACUGGGCCCAACUAUGGCAGGAUUCAGAGGAGGCUCAAGCAUUGGAAAACGAAUUGGAGAGCGUUCAUCAGAGUGCCAACCAGAAUCCCACCCGUGAAUCCCUAAAGUAUGCUACUGGCUUUGGGUAUCAACUGUAUCUUGUCCACAAGCGUAUGGCGCUGGCAUAUUGGCGAUCGCCUGGAUAUAAUCUCGGUCGCUUUUUCACCUGCAUGUUUAUUUCCUUGAUCAUUGGUUUUACGUACUGGAAGAUGUCGUACACAACAUCCGAUAUGCAAAAUCGAGUAUUCGUUUUGCUUUCAACGUUCAUUAUGGCCCAAACACUGAUUAUUUUGGCCCAACCAAAGUUUAUGACUGAGAGACUGUACUUUCAAAGAGAGUACGCAAGUCGGUUCUAUGGUGUUGUGCCAUUUGGGCUUACCUCCAUUCUGGUGGAGAUUCCUUAUUGCAUAUUCCUAAGCGCCUUCUUCAUGUUUGGAUUUUACUGGACAGCUGGCCUUUCAAACACUUCUGAUCAAGUCGGCUACUUUUUUAUCUUGCUCGUCUUCUUUGUGUUUUGGGCGGUCACGCUUGGAUUCUUGAUUGCUGCUAUUUCGAAAACCCACUUGAUGGCUUCUGUCAUCAAUCCACUCUUUAUUUCCAUGCUUAUUCUGUUUGCUGGUUUGAUGCAGACUCCACAAGCAAUGCCUUAUUUCUGGAGCUCAUGGAUGUAUCCUUUGGACCCAUUCCAUUAUUAUGUCGAAGGUCUUACUGUGAACGAAAUGAAAGAUCUUCCGAUUCAAUGUAAUUCUCGAGAUUUCCUUACACUUGACCCACCGCCUGGACAAACAUGUGGCUCGUACAUGCAACAAUAUCUUUCUUCGCCAACAUCUACCGGUUAUCUUGAUAAUCCUGAUGCUACUGCGCAAUGCCGGUAUUGCAGUUAUUCGUCAGGAAAGGAGUAUUAUACUUCAAUGUUCCAGUGGUCCGAACAGCACAGAUGGAGGAAUUUCGGGAUCAUUGUCUGUUACUUUGCUUUCAACGUCAUUGUUUUCCAAGGUCUGGUAUUCUGGAGUCGGAGAGCUAGACGUUAAGAGGAGAUCAUAGAUUAUCUUCUUACCCUUAAGCCCUUCGUAUUCUCCCUUAACUUUUUUUCUGUAUGUAUUUCUUGAAUGUACCUCAUUUGCCUUUCUUUUAUUUUACCAGUCAUUGUAUCAUACACUACUAUAUACUGUGCUCGUUUGUAGCCACAAUUUAGCAAUAAUAGGCUUUUAAAAAUAAAUUGGAUAACAUAGCUGAAAUGAG